GUCAGCUGAUGCUCAGAGGACUGCGGUGAACUGAGUGGGACACAGCCUAGUGGGAGUCUCCUGCUCAGCUAAUAGUAUCAUAUUAUUUAUCUGCGUGGUGUGGGGUGGUGUAGCGUAGUGCAUCAUGGGGGAGCUGUUCCGUAGUGAGGAGAUGACUCUGGCCCAGCUUUUCCUGCAGUCUGAGUCUGCUUACUGCUGUGUCAGCGAGCUUGGGGAGAUCGGCAUGGUGCAGUUCAGAGAUCUGAAUCCUGAUGUGAACGUCUUUCAGAGGAAGUUCGUAAAUGAAGUGCGCCGCUGUGAGGAGAUGGACCGCAAACUGCGAUUCGUUGAGAAGGAGAUAAAGAAGGCCAACAUAAAUAUUGUAGACACGGGGGAGAACCCAGAGGUCCCUUUCCCUCGAGAUAUGAUUGACUUGGAGGCCACAUUUGAAAAACUGGAGAAUGAGCUGAAGGAGAUCAACACUAACCAGGAAGCACUAAAGAAGAACUUUCUGGAACUGACUGAGCUCAAACACAUCCUGAGACGUACACAGCAGUUCUUUGAUGAGAUGGAAGACCCUUCUCUGAUGGAGGAGUCAUCCACUCUACUGGAUCCAAAUGAGGUUGGACGUGUGGCUCCUCUCAGGCUGGGGUUUGUGGCAGGUGUGAUUGGCAGAGAGAGGAUUCCCACCUUUGAGAGGAUGUUGUGGCGAGUUUGUCGCGGCAACGUGUUCUUACGCCAAGCAGACAUUGAAGAUCCACUGGAGGACCCCACAACUGGAGACCAUGUGUACAAGUCAGUAUUCAUCAUUUUCUUCCAGGGAGACCAGCUGAAGAACCGGGUGAAAAAGAUCUGUGAAGGGUUUCGGGCUUCACUGUACCCAUGCCCCGAGACCCCCCAAGAGAGGAAGGAAAUGGCAGCAGGAGUAAACACUCGUAUUGACGAUCUCCAAAUGGUGCUGAAUCAGACAGAGGAUCACAGGCAGCAUGUGCUGCAGGCGGCUGCUAAGACAGUGCGCGUGUGGUUCAUUAAAGUGAGGAAGAUGAAGGCCAUCUACCACACACUUAAUCUCUGCAACAUCGAUGUCACGCAGAAGUGUCUGAUUGCUGAGAUCUGGUGUCCUGUGUCUGAUUUGGAUUCCAUUCAGUUUGCUUUGCGCAGAGGCACGGAGAAAAGUGGCUCCACUGUUCCCUCCAUCCUGAACAGGAUGCAGACCAAACAGACCCCACCCACCUACAACAAGACCAACAAGUUCACCUCUGGCUUCCAAAACAUUGUGGAUGCUUAUGGUAUUGGCAACUACCGAGAGAUAAACCCAGCUCCCUACACCAUCAUCACAUUCCCCUUCCUGUUUGCCGUCAUGUUUGGGGAUCUGGGCCAUGGCAUUCUCAUGACUUGCGCUGCCCUUUACCUGGUGCUGAGAGAGACCCGUCUUAUUGCCCAGAAAAAUGAAAACGAGAUGUUUAGCAUGGUGUUUGCAGGCCGCUAUAUUAUCCUGCUGAUGGGGAUCUUCUCCAUCUACACUGGAAUAAUCUAUAAUGACUGCUUCUCUAAGUCGCUCAAUGUCUUUGGUUCCAGCUGGAGUGUGCGUGCAAUGUUCACGGCAAAAGAAGCCAACUGGACUUUUGAGACCCUGGAAGGAAACAGGAUGCUGCAGUUGGACCCCGCUGUCCAGGGAGUUUUUGGGGGGCCCUAUCCCAUCGGCAUUGACCCUAUCUGGAACUUGGCUUCAAACAAGUUGACCUUCCUGAACUCCUUUAAGAUGAAGAUGUCUGUAAUCUUAGGAGUUAUUCACAUGCUUUUUGGAGUCACUCUCAGCCUCUUCAACCACACCUAUUUUAAGAAGCCUCUGAACAUCUGGCUGGGCUUCAUCCCUGAGAUCGUCUUCAUGGGCAGCCUGUUUGGCUACCUGGUGAUACUCAUCUUCUACAAGUGGACCGCCUACAAUGCUGAAAUUUCCAAAGAUGCUCCCAGCCUCCUCAUCGCAUUUAUCAAUAUGUUCCUCUUCAACUACAAUGACCCUACCAAUAAGCCACUAUACAGAGGACAGAUGGCAAUACAAUGCCUGCUGGUGGUCAUUGCUCUUGCCUGUGUGCCAUGCAUGCUCAUAGUAAAGACGCUGGUUCUACGUAAGCAGUACCUCUGGAGGAAGCACCUCGGCACACAAAACUUUGGGGGGAUUCGGGUGGGGAAUGGUCCGACAGAGGAUGAAGCUGAGAUCAUUCAGCAUGAUCAACUUUCACAGCACUCUGAAGAAGAGCCAGAGCAGUCCGAAGAGGAAGCGUUUAAUUUUGCAGAUGUAGCUGUUCAUCAAGCCAUCCACACAAUAGAGUACUGCUUAGGCUGUAUCUCAAACACCGCUUCCUACCUAAGGUUGUGGGCCCUAAGCUUAGCUCAUGCACAGUUGUCAGAGGUCUUGUGGUCAAUGGUCAUGAAAAUCGGUUUCUCCCCUAAUAUUGGUUUCUCCUUUGUCAUAUUUAUCGUGUUUGCCUUCUUUGCCACACUGACAGUGUGCAUCCUCCUGAUAAUGGAGGGCCUAUCUGCCUUUCUACAUGCCCUCAGACUGCAUUGGGUUGAGUUUCAGAAUAAAUUCUACUCCGGUCAGGGCUUCAAGUUCAUGCCGUUUACCUUCAACAGCAUUCUGGAGGGAAAGUUUGAGGACUGAACUGCAUUCACUGAAGACCUCCCAGCAGUACAUCCCAAACCUGCUGAGACCCAAUCAGAUUAGCAGAAAGUUCUGUGAAAGGGUUGAAAGGUUUUUCCAAAAAAAAAAAAAAACUGUUCCCUUUGUAAUUUUAGUGACCGCUGUAAGAGAGAUUGAGAAAUCUACUUUAUUUAUAUUCUGUUUCUAAGAGUGAGUUUGAAUAUUUUCCAUUCCAGCUCUUGGGUGAAUGGAGAAGUGCACCAUUUUUGGAUUAUAGAUAUGAUGGUUUUGUCCUCAAAGCAGGAAUGAAAAUAUUCAGUAAUAUUCUGUCUUAAUGGCUGUAAAUCAUUCCGUAUCACUUACAUACAGUUCUCAUGAUUAGAAAAGCCAAUAAUUUAGACACAUGAAAUGUCUUGUCACCGUACUGCUCCAUAAAUAAGCUAAUUUGCUUGUUCUCACAAGAAUGAAGAAAGCAUAAGUCAUAAAGGGGUUAUGAUGUAUUUCUGACCUGUCUCCUUUUGUCUUUUUACUGAUAUUUUUUCCUGGGCUGAUAAGUCAUUGAUGUGUUUUUGUUUACUUCCUUUCUUCUUUUUGAUCAUUUUUGCUUGCCCCUUUUCUUCAGAUCACUCAAAGUGACUGCUUUUAAUUUUCCUCAGAGGGAAUCAAUUUAAUAUUCCCAGUUUUUCCUCACUGAAAAAAAAAGUUUUUGACAUCCAUAAAAUGUCACUAUGUAAUCAACACUUGUGCAUGGUUGUAAUACAUAUCUUAGUACAGUAAAAUAUCAUAAAGCUAUAUCUGUGAUAUUGGAAAUUAUGGUAGGUUUAACUUACUGAUUAGAUUUGAAGUAGCUCCAAACCAACCUCAUUGCAAUUUAAUAUUAGCUCACCAGCCCAUAGGUUCAUAUAUGCAAUAUCAUUGAUCAUCAUUAGUGUUGUGUGUUUUGGCUUUUCCUUGUUGUAGUUUUGUUAUUUGUGCAGUCAAUUGGGGGCAGACACAGUAAGCACUGAAAAUCACCUUUUGAUUAUACAUCAAACUAGUGUUAAUCUAGUUAAAUCUUGGAAUUAGUCUUCAUUUUGUUGUUGCUGUCUCUCUUUUAUGUGUGUUUUUUCUUUGUUUGACCUACUCAGUGUAUUAUUGGCUAUUGGAGACAGAGCUGAGGAGCAGUGAGGAUUUUGCAAUGUCUAGGUUUACCCAGUAACAUGCAGUAAGUAAAGGGAUUAUAACUGGAUGUUGUUUGUGUGUUUGUCAGUAAAGUGCUUGGCUGGGAAAAAA